AUGCCACUCGUCAUCCCUGACUCGAGUCAGAUCCCUACCGUUGUGGGAGACUACUCCACCGUCACCACCGAAGCGCUUCGUGGGCUCACGCCGGGGACCCUUGUUCAUGAGAUCAAGCGGUUGCAGGACAGUGUCGCUCGACUUCAAGACUCGAAUCGGCAGAUUGAGCAAUUUGUCAACGAAACUGGCAACGAGCUCGAUGAGCACGAUCGAAACGAGAUGCGCAACGCUUGCACCGACAACGUCGCCACUAUCGGCAAGCAAAACGACGUGGUGGAAAAGCUGUUUGAUGUGUUGCAGGAAAAGACCGGUCACGAGGACACCCAAGCUCAUUACGGUCUCACGCGACCCACACAGACAGCGGAGACGGCUACCCCGACUACACACACAGACGGCCCGACUGCUAUGCAGGAAGAUAGCGAGGGCGUCUUCCUGUGA